AUGCUGGUGGUGGAGGUGGCGAACGGCCGCUCCCUGGUGUGGGGGGCCGAGGCGGUGCAGGCGCUGCGGGAGCGCCUGGGAGUAGGGGGCCGCACGGUGGGCGCCCUGCCCCGCGGGCCCCGCCAGAACUCGCGCCUGGGCCUCCCGCUGCUGCUGAUGCCCGAGGAGGCGCGGCUCCUGGCCGAGAUCGGCGCCGUGACCCUGGUCAGCGCCCCGCGCCCGGAUCCCCGCGGACACAGCCUGGCUCUGGCAUCCUUCAAGCGCCAGCAAGAGCAGAGCUUCCAGGAGCAAAGCGCCCUGGCGGCCGAGGCCCGGGAGACCCGUCGCCAGGGGCUCCUGGAGAAGAUUGCAGAGGGCCAGGCGGCCAAGAAGCAGAAGCUGGAGCAAGAUUCCGGGGCCAGCGAGAGCCAGGAGGCCGGCGAGAACCAAGCAGCGGCUGAGAACGAGGCCGGUGCGAGCCAGGCUUCGGGAGGAGAGCAGGAGGAAGCAGGCUCCUCCUGUCCCCAACCGGGGCCCUCCGAGGGGGUGGCCCCCUUGCCCAGGUCUGCCCUGCUGGUCCAGCUAGCCACUGCUCGGCCUCGACCCAUCAAGGCCAGGCCCCUGGACUGGCGUGUGCGGUCCAAGGACUGGCCCCACGCCGGCCGCCCGGCCCACGAGCUGCGCUACACCAUCUACAGGGACCUGUGGGAGCGAGGCUUUUUCCUCAGCGCGGCUGGCAAGUUCGGAGGCGACUUCCUGGUCUAUCCUGGCGACCCGCUCCGCUUCCAUGCCCACUACAUCGCCCAGUGCUGGGCUCCUGAGGACCCCAUCCCACUCCAGGACCUGGUUUCUGCCGGCCGCCUGGGCACCAGCGUCAGGAAGACGCUGCUCCUGUGUUCUCCGCAGCCUGAUGGGCUCAGGUCCCAGGAGAUCUCAAUAAACCUGUUGAAUACAUGUUGUGUUUGUGAUUUGAAUCCUUAG